UCGCGCCUUACAGUCUCACUCAACCAGGGUAGUUGAGCUGAAAGGACCGCGCCAUGGGACUCACACACGACCCAAUCUUCCAGAAACUGGAGAAAUGGUACCAUGAACAUGCUCUGCACCUCAACAUGAGGAAGAUGUUUGAGGAAGACAAGGAGAGAUUCCACAAAUUCAGCACAACGCUGAAGACAGAUCAUGGAGACAUUCUGAUUGAUUACUCUAAGAAUCUCAUCACUGAGGAUGUCAUGAAGAUGUUGGUCGAACUGGGCAAGUCAAGGGGGAUUGAGGCCGCCAGGGACAAGAUGUUCCAUGGAGACAAGAUCAACUUCACUGAGGGUCGUGCUGUGCUCCACGUGGCUCUGAGGAACCGCUCCAACCAUCCCAUCAUGGUUGACGGACAUGAUGUGAUGCCUGAGGUCAACAAAGUCCUGGAGAAGAUGAAGGGCUUCUGCCACAAAGUUCGCAGUGGCGAGUGGAAGGGCUGGACUGGAAAGUCCAUCACAGACGUUGUCAACGUCGGCAUUGGUGGAUCGGACCUGGGUCCUCUAAUGGUGACUGAGGCUCUGAAGAACUACUCCAAGGGAGGUCCCCGUGUGCAUUAUGUCUCCAACAUUGAUGGCACACACAUCGCCAAAACCCUGGCUGAGCUCAAUGCUGAGACCACCCUGUUCAUCGUGGCCUCCAAGACUUUCACCACCCAAGAGACCAUCACCAACGCAGAGUCUGCCAAGGAAUGGUUCAUUGAGCACGCUAAAGAUAAAUCUGCUGUUGCCAAGCACUUUGUGGCGCUCUCCACUGCCGGCCCCUUAGUGAAGGCCUUUGGCAUUGAUCCUGACAACAUGUUUGGCUUCUGGGAUUGGGUUGGUGGACGUUAUUCCCUGUGGUCUUGUAUUGGAUUGUCCAUUGCUCUGCACAUCGGCUAUGACAACUUUGAGAAGCUUCUAGAAGGGGCUCACUGGAUGGACAACCAUUUCACAACAGCCCCUGUUGAGAAGAACGCUCCCAUGCUCCUGGCUCUGCUGGGUGUCUGGUACAUCAACUUCUUCCAGGCCGAGACCCACGCCAUGCUGCCUUAUGACCAGUACAUGCACCGAUUCGCUGCCUACUUCCAGCAGGGUGACAUGGAGUCCAAUGGAAAGUACAUCACUAUCCAUGGCAAACGCGUCAACUACCAUACUGGCCCCAUCGUAUGGGGAGAGCCUGGCACCAACGGACAGCACGCCUUCUACCAGCUCAUUCACCAAGGAACUCGCAUGGUCCCCGCUGACUUCCUCAUCCCUGCCCAGACACAGCACCCCAUCAGGGAAAGUAAGCACCAUAAGAUCCUGAUGGCCAACUUCCUGGCCCAGACUGAGGCUCUGAUGAAAGGAAAGACCACAGAGGAGGCUAAGAAGGAACUGGAGGCCGGUGGCCUGACAGGAGAGGCCCUGGAAACCAUUCUGCCACACAAAGUAUUCCAAGGAAACAAGCCAACCAACUCUAUUGUCUUCAAGAAGCUGAACCCAUUCACACUGGGAGCACUUAUUGCCAUGUAUGAACACAAGAUCUUUGUCCAGGGUGUUAUGUGGGAGAUCAACAGUUUUGACCAGUGGGGAGUUGAGCUGGGUAAGGCUCUGUGUAAGAAGAUCGAGCCUGAGCUGCAUGGCUCCAGCGAGAUCCACUCUCACGACUCCUCCACCAACGGGCUCAUUAACUUUAUCAAGAAGAACCACGCCUAACCUGCCACCACCUACCUCAUCCAUCCUCCCUGUCCUGCGCCCCUGCUGAUGGGGGGGUGUCUGGGUUGUAGUGAAGGUAGACUGCAGCAUCAGUCACCACGCAGAGGAGUAUAAGCACUUUCUAUGUUUUUAAUCAUCUGUCUGUGUCUUGUUUGUUUGUUGUGCCAUCGGACUGUAUUUUAUGUACCGUUGUAUGUUUAAACAAUAAGGCCCUAGGAGGUAUGGUAUAUGGCCAAUAUACCACGGCUAAGGACCCUUCUUAUGCAAGACGCAAUGCGGAGUGCCUGAACACAGCCCUUAGUCGUGGUAUAUU